UCGAUUUAUUUUCAGUCAAUAACCAGUGUGCAUCAGGCACAGUUGUGAAGUUUGUUUUGUAGUAUUUUUAAGAAAAUACAUGGAUCUAUUUAAAGUGGAAAAAAAUGCUGAGGUUGGCAGGUAUGCUGUAGCAGCCAAAAACCUAAAGGCUGGCGAAGUUAUAUUUUCGGAGUUGCCUUUUACCUAUGGACCUAAAUCAGAUAGUCCAUGCCUAUGCCUAGGCUGCCACGCCCCAGUAGAUUGCACCUACCUCUGUACGAAAUGCAAAUGGCCCGUGUGCGGUCCAGAUUGUGAAUCUGUAAAAAUCCACAAAGAAAACGAGUGUGAAAUAUUUUCGAAAGCCAACGCUCAAUUCCAGCCGGUAGAAGACCCCGCUGACACUUGCUUGCAAUACGAAUGCAUCACCCCUUUGAGGGUAUUGCUAGAAAAAGAACGAAACCCAAAAAGAUGGGAAGAAGAGGUAGCCGUGAUGGAAUCGCAUGAUUCCGAACGAAAAACGAACCCCAUUUGGGAGUUUAAUCAGCAAAACGUGGUGGGAUACAUCAGAGGACCUUGCAAACUAACCGAGUUUCCAGAAGAGCUAAUCCAUAAGGUUUGUGGCAUUUUAGAAGUGAACGCCUUUGAGGCCAGAACCCCAUCCUGCUACACCAUCAGAUGCUUGUUUCCCAAACUGGCCAUACUAUCACAUAACUGCAUUUCGAAUAUUCAUCAUGCAGUAGAUUGUGUUGGGAACGGGGAUUUUAAUGAUUGUCGGGUAACAGUGAGGGCAGCCAUCGAUAUUCCAGAAAAGGGAGAACUGUACAGCAGCUACACAUACUCUUUAUGGCCGACGUUGGUGCGUAGGGAGUUCCUGAGGGAGAGCAAAUACUUCGAUUGUAAGUGCGAGCGGUGCGGCGAUAAAACGGAACUGGGGACGCAUUUGAGCACUCUUAAGUGUCAGAGGUGCGACAAUGGGGUCAUCGUCUCGUCAAAUCCUUUAGAUGACACCUGCGAAUGGAAAUGUACCCAUUGCGACUAUAAAACUCACGGGCGUGCCGUAAGGAAGGUGUUUGCCGCGAUACAAAAUGAAAUUGAUCAGGUGGAGUACGUUGGCGGAUCUGAAGGGAUUCAGCAACGAGAGACCAUAUUUAGGAAAUACAAAUCCGUUCUUCAUCCGAAAAACGCAUAUAUGACCAUCUUAAGGAGUGCCUUAACGCAACUGUAUGGAAAAGCCGAGGGUUAUACACUUGAAGACCUUCCGGAUAUAAUUUUAGAACGGAAAAUCGAGCUGUGCCAACAGCUCUUAGAGGUUCUAGACGUCAUAGAACCAGGAAUGUCGAGAAUUAGAGGUAUUACUCUGUAUGAGCUCCAUGGUCCCCUAAUGAUCCACGCCAGGCACCAGUACCAAUAUGGAGCAUUAGACAGAGAUGAUUUCAAAGGGAAACUGCAACAGUCAGUGGAAACGCUUAGAAAAGCCGUGGAAAUAUUAAAGCAUGAGCCAGUCAGUCAGCCUGAGGGUCAAUUAGGUCAAAUGGCUCAGGCCGCCUAUGAACAGUUGAUUGAAAAUUUUGAUUUGUUAGUAGAAACAGCAUAGUGUAUCAGAUUAAGCGAUAAAGUAAUGUUAAUAAAAAGUUUCUUUCCCA